AAUAUUUAAUAAAACUCAAAAUAUUUUUAUCUACAUAUUAAAAUAUGACGAAAAAAAUUUUACACGUGUGCCUAAACAGGUAUGUAAUAGGUAGUAUAAACAAAUUUAUAAAUGAAAACAAAAUCAACAUAACAAAGGACGAGAUGACUGGAAACGAAAUACACAUCCCCUUAAGACGGUCAUUAGAAGUCGUCCAGCUAAAAAUUGUCCAUGUGGACAAAAUCACAGCUUAAAUUGUAAAUGUCUCAUUUUUUUUUUGUAGCAAAAACCAAUGGGCUUUAAAUUGUUGGGCUUUACAAUAAUAUAAUGGCAAGAGGAAGCUUUCUUCUUCGAGAAGACAGAUGAUGAUGAUAUCUUGGACCUUCCAGACGAUUUGGAAUCAGAGAUACUCUCUAGGGUUCCGGCCAAGUCUCUGUGCAGAUUGACAACGACUUGGAAACGAUGGUACGCUCUAUUCAUAGAUCCGAGGUUCGUAGAGAAGAACAAGAAGUUAUGUAAAGCUGUAAAAGAGUCGAUGUUACUGAUCAAUCACGAGGUUUAUUCAAUCGGUGGAGAUCUCCACAGCUGCAGCGUCGAGCCAUCUAUUGAGUUCACCAGUAAACUUAGAAGUCUAAAGGGUUCAGAAGAUUUGGGCUUCUCUCAGCUAUAUCACUGCGACGGUUUAAUGUUAUCCUCCAACGAGGGGAACCCAUGCACUGGUCAAAGAAGGAACAUCAAACCCAGAACUUGUUACCAAAGGAAUGAUAGAUAUGCCCUAGGAUACACCACGUCUUCUUCUUCUGACUGUAGUCAUAGCUACAAAAUCUUGAGGUAUUGGUAUUAUCGAAACAAGAAGAAAGUGUGGGUUUCUGCGUGUGAGAUCUAUGAGCUUAGCUCUGAUUCUUGGAGGGUUCUUGAUUCAUUCCCUCUUAACUACUUUGUAUAUUUCAGUGGUGUGUCUUUGAAAGGAAACACUUACUUCCUUGCUGGAGAUAAUGAAACUGAUGCUUUCUUGAGGACGAAGUUUGAUUUCACGACGGAGAGAUUUGUGCGUCUCCCUCUUCCGUUUCAGAGUUUUGAACGUGUAGAUAACAAUGUACUUUCGGUUGUUAGGGAUGAAAAACUCUCGGUGCUACACAUUGAUGGCAGAUCAAACGUGAUGAGGAGUGACCAAUAAGGUUGUUGAUGAGGAGGACUUGUCGUGGAGGAUCUUCUUGGAAGGGAGUUUUGAUAAAUUUAAACUGCAUGUGGAAAGCUUCUUGUUGGACGAGGAGAGCAAUGUGGCAAUUUGUUCUAAUGCAGACUAUGUGGAAGAUGAAUAUAAUACGAGAAUCUACAUUAUUGGUGAGGAUAUGUUUAAACGAGUUUAUAACGAUUCUG